AUGUUGCCCCUUCUUUAUGGCGAUGGUGAGAUCAAGGCUCACUGGAAGAAAGCAGUGACACGGAUGUCGGUGGAACCGGCAUUGCGUCCGCUGUGCCUUACAUCCAACACCAUCUUCUUCGCUCGGCUGAGGAUCGGAAUCGCCAAAGUCAAGAAGAAGAAUGGACUCAAAUUCAAGAUUUCGAGCUCAUCUGGUCCGGAUGACAGGCAGCUUUUUUCCGAGAUGUGGCCCAUGGAGAAUUGA